CACGAACGCGUCUUGGUGUCACGUGACCACAUGACCGUCCCGUUAGCUUGCUAGCCAGCCAGCUACUCGUCGUCAUGGCAUUCUUCAGCCACCAGUUGUGCAGAACUUUUUCCUCGUCGGCUCUCAGGAGAGUAGCUAUUAAGCAUGUGGUCGUCGUCGGCGGGGGACAAAUGGGUGCGGGAAUCGCUCAGGUUGCCGCGUCAACUGGCCACCAGGUAACACUGGUAGACACUUCGGACGCCAUAUUAACAAAGGCAGUCAAGGGAAUGGAGACAAGUUUGAAGAGAGUGGUCAAGAAAAAGUUUGCAGACAACCCUGAGGCGGGUGAAGCGUUCAUUGAGAAAGUCCUGCGCAACGUGUCCACUGCUACUGAUGUCGCCGCCGCCGUUCAGAGCACUGACCUCGUGCUGGAGGCUAUCGUGGAAAACUUGAAAGUUAAACAAGAUCUCUUUAGUGGGAUUGACAAGGUGGCGCCAGCACACACCAUCUUUGCCAGCAACACUUCCUCGCUGCCCAUCGGCGACAUCGCAAGUGCCACCUCCAGACUGGACCGCUUUGGCGGUUUGCACUUUUUUAACCCGGUGCCAAUGAUGAAACUCGUAGAGGUCAUCGGAACAUCUGCCACAAGCCAGGACACGUUUGAUUCAUUGGUGAACUUCAGCAAGGCACUGGGGAAAACCACUGUGUCCUGUAAGGACACGCCGGGAUUUAUCGUCAACCGCCUGCUCGUCCCCUACAUGCUGGAGGCUGUGCGUCUGCAUGAGAGAGGUCACGGGUCCAAAGAAGACAUCGACGUUGCAAUGAAGCUCGGCGCUGGUUACCCAAUGGGACCCUUCGAGCUUCUCGACUACGUCGGACUAGACACAGCCAAGUUCAUUUUAGACGGUUGGAGCGCAAUGGAUGCCGACAAUCCUCUUUUCAAGCAGAGUCCUUUGCUCAACAAGCUGGUCGCCGAGGGAAAGUAUGGCAAAAAGACAGGAGAAGGCUUCUACAAGUACAAGUAGCUUCACGUUAGUUGGGAAUAUGACAAAAACCCUGACUGAUGAAGAAUUACUAAUAAUAAUGUGCCUUUUUGCCUGAAUGAUGAAGCGAUAAGAUUCACUUAAACAAUACUUCCAAAAUUUGCAAGCCAUGGAUUAAACAAGAAAAGGGGGAAAAAAAAUUUUUUGUUAAAGACCAAUUGUUAGUCGGUUCUUUUUUUUUUCUUCUUUUUUUUAAAUGGCAUUUGGAAAAAUAAAGACCUCACAUGCAGAAAAAAUGCUUAAAUUUCUCCCGUUCAAAUAUAGACAGUACAAAUAUGCAUGUCAUGUGUACAUUUGACAGUGAUCUGUCAUAUGGUACAAGCGACAAUUUUGGACUCCUAAAUGUGUAGCGUAAGGGCAUAAUAUACUCCUGUAUUUUAUUGGUUGUCUUGUGGACGAACAGCUUUUCUGGAGGUGGCUCUAAAGUUUCAAGGGGAAUUAUUUAUGAGCUAUUUAUAAUUAAAUCAACUAAAAUGAUUAACAGUGUUAAUCUUGAGCCAAUUUGUUCAAGAAAGGGUUUAUUUCUCAAAGCUUCAUGUGCGCAUGCUACCACCUACUGACUUGACAAAAUUAUUUGUGUAGCUCAAUUCAGCACAAGGCAAUUGAAAGUGUUUUACAUCACAUGAAGAUCCACAGACAGACAGGUGAGUAGUAACGCGUUACAUUUACUCAGUUCAUUUACUGGAGUAACUUUUGGAGAAAAAUGUGCUCCUUAGAGUAGUUUUGCCACGCAAUACUUUUUACUUGAGUAGAUUUGUGAUGAAGAAACACUACUCCGCUGCUUUGGCCUACACUACACACUUGCUAUAUUUUUUGCCUUUAUUCUACAUAAUAACUUUAUUUUUGCCAGAGAUGCCGGCAGUGGCUGUCUCAGUUUCACUAAUGAGUCAUUGCAACAAUAACCACAUGACUCCAUUAUACCAGAGGUAAAAAUGCUUGUUCUCCACUAGAGGGCACUCAUGCUCUUUGGACGGGUGCUUUUUCAUAGUGUAAUGGUCUAAAUUGGAUGAUUUUUGCCUGAUUUUUGGCCUAAUAUUGUCGUGUAAUAGGUUACUGUACGGUAUAAUGAUAACAGUUCAUAUGGAUGAAGCGAUGUGCGUAGG